GAGUCUGGGAGCAGGCAGGCAGGAGCAGUCCCUCACAGAGACACAGAUACAGAGUCUGGGAGCAGGCAGGCAGGCGCAGUCCCUCACAGAGACACAGAUGCAGAGUCUGGGAGCAGGCAGGCAGGCGCAGUCCCUCACAGAGACACAGAUACAGAGUCUGGGAGCAGGCAGGCAGGAGCAGUCCCUCACAGAGACACAGAUACAGCGGGUGUGGGAGCUGUGUUCCAAGAGGCUGCAGAGGAUGCCUGUACAGUACGUGAUUGAGGAGUGGGAUUUCCGGGACCUGACAUUAAAGAUGAGGCCCCCUGUCUUCAUCCCCAGACCGGAAACAGAGGAGCUGGUGGGCCUGGUGAUGGAGGAGCUCCGGACGAGAGGCCCAGCGCAGGAUUCUCCGGCCAGCCUGCGGUUCCUGGAGGUGGGCUGUGGGUCAGGAGCUGUGUCCCUCAGCCUGCUGAGCCACUGUCCGCAGUGCCAUGCUGUGGCGGUUGACAGAAGUUCGGAGGCCUUAGACCUGACCAGGGAGAACGCUGAAAGACUGGGAGUUCUGGAGCGCUUACAGAUUGUCCAGAUGGAUGUUUUAUUGGACGCAGACUCCUUGCUCUGUCAGUGUGGCUCGGUGGAUUUCAUCGUCAGUAACCCUCCCUACGUGUUUACUGAAGACUUGCCCCUCCUGGAGCCCGAGAUCCUCUGGUAUGAGGAUCACCGGGCCCUGGACGGGGGUGAGGGAGGAAUGGACGUGAUCAAGCAGAUUCUCUCCAUCGGGAGCCGUGCUCUGAAGAAGAAUGGGUAAGGAGCAGUACUGACAUAGAUACCGGGGAGCUCAGGGCAACAAGGCUGGGCACUGAGCUGCCCACCCCAACAAGCACAGCAUUGUCCCCAGUGCUUUAUUACAUUUACAAUUCAUUGCAUUUGAUUUGACAUCCCCAGAUCCUCACCCCACACAGAGACAGUGUGCACACAGAUCCCCACUCCCAUGCUGCACCCCACACAGAGACAGGGUGCACACAGAUCCCCACUCCCAUGCUGCACCCCACACAGAGACAGUGUGCACACAGAUCCCCACUCCCAUGCUGCACCCCACACAGAGACAGUGUGCACACAGAUCCCCACUCCCAUGCUGCAACCCACACAGAGACAGUGUGCACACAGAUCCCCACUCCCAUGCUGCACCCCACACAGAGACAGGGUGCACACAGAUCCCCACUCACAUGCUGCACCCCACACAGAGACAGUGUGCACACAGAUCCCCACCCCCAUGCUGCACCCCACACAGAGACAGGGUGCACACAGAUCCCCACUCCCAUGCUGCACCCCACACAGAGACAGUGUGCACACAGAUCCCCACUCCCAUGCUGCACCCCACACAGAGACAGGGUGCACACAGAUCCCCACUCCCAUGCUGCACCCGACACAGAGACAGUGUGCACACAGAUCCCCACUCCCAUGCUGCACCCCACACAGAGACAGGGUGCACACAGAUCCCCACUCCCAUGCUGCACCCCACACAGAGACAGGGUGCACACAGAUCCCCACUCCCAUGCUGCACCCCACACAGAGACAGGGUGCACACAGAUCCCCACUCCCAUGCUGCACCCCACACAGAGACAGGGUGCACACAGAUCCCCACUCCCAUGCUGAUCUGAACAGAACAGCGGCGCUGAUUUGAGGUUCAUGUGAGGACAGAUCGAGACUCAUGUUAAUCCAAAGACUCAGCAAUCCCCAGGACUUGCACCUCAUCCUUCAGCUCCUUUAAGAGGCUUGCACAGCUUUAGCAGACACUGGGAGGGGAAAGCAUUUAAUAAAGUCAGCUAUCAACAGCGUGCUUGUAGAAAAAUCACAAACGAAGACCCUGAUUCAGCUGGAGGCCCCCAGAAAGAGAGGGAGUAAACGUGCCUGUAUAAAAUAAACCCGUGCAUGUGGGUGAGGCAUGCUGCAGUUGUGUGAGACAGACCGGCUAUUUGCAGAGAUGAAACUAUUUAGCCUAUUUUAAUGGAUUAAAUAUUGUUUGGUUUUCUAAACUGUAUGAAACCUGAUUCAUUUAAUCAAAAUAGCAUUUGAUAAUAAAUAAAUAAAAUAAAACACACAGUCCUUAAUGAAAACCCCUUUGGAAUAAUGGAGCCCCGUUUUUCACAUAAUCAGCCUGACUGAUCACAGGAGAAAGGAGAAAAAAAUACCAAAAAUAUAACCAGAACCAAAAUAUAAAACUAGGAUAAAACCACAUUACAGUACAUUAAAGCAAGCGCUGGUGCAAA